CUUGUCACUUGCCGUAACACGUAAGCUGCAAAGGAUCACGUGAUGUGACGACAUAUGCUGUUGGUUGUGUAGUUGUAACGCUGGGAAAUAUUGUUCGUAGAACGGCCUCCUUUUGACUGGUGUUCCACCGCAAAGUUUACUGAGACUGAUCGGAUUUAAGUCGUCCUACAGAAUGGUGAAUUUUUGUCCUCAUUGUGGUUCAAAGCUGCAGCCUGAUUUCAAAUUUUGCCCUUCGUGUGGUGGGAAGCUCCCAGAAGACCCAACAGAACCUGACACUUUACAAGCAUCCGAAUUCCUUUCAAACUAUGUGCAUCAUUCUGUAAGCUCCUCAAAAGUAGGUGCUGCUGAGGAGGACUCAGGUUCUGCACUGAAUCGCCCACCUCUGCGUUCUUCUCGCCGAAAGAGUAGCUUAGCCACACCCAUAAACGCUGUAAAAUGUACAGAAAAGAAGUCUUUAACAUCUCCACAAAAAGAAAAGACGUCUCUCCACAAAAAGAAAAGAUGUCCCCUCAAGUUAAAGAACAAGAACAAGAAGAAGCAAAGCAAACCUCGUUACUUGCUCUUCAAACUCCAGAUAAGAAGUCUUUGAUUUCACUUGGAAAACGUAAGGCUUCUCCCAAUGUUAAGGAAGAAGAGACGAAGCAAACUUCUGUUUUAUCUCCAAGUCCAUCUAAAUGCAAAUCCAGGAAGCGGGUCAGUACUGUUGAGCCUGUCGAAGAGGGCACAAUGGUUUGUGACCAGUCAGGCAAUAAAUGGAAACUGGUUGAACUUCUGUGGCAAACAGAAUUAGACCUGACAUAUGCAGCGUGCCCGGCGAAUAAGCAGACCGACACUUUUAAUUGCAAGUACAUCUUAAGAUUGGGUGGUAGAGAAGGACACCUGUUCAAUGAGCAAAAUUUCCACCAGAGAGCAGCCAAAACUGAUGCAGUGGAGAAAUGGGUGAAAUUACACAAAAUUGACUUCCUUGGGAUUCCAUCAUGUGUGGGUUUUGGUAUUCAUGAAGCAUAUAGGUUUUUAGUUUUUCCUAACAUGGGACAAACUCUACAGUCAAUAUUGGAUCAAAGGACUGAUUCUUUAUCUGAGAAAGCUGUUCUCCAGCUUGCACUACGACUAUUGGAGUUACUUGAAUUCAUCCACGAGAAGGAAUAUACUCAUGCAGACAUCCAUGCUGGAAAUAUUUUCAUCAACACUGACAGUCAUACAGAGGUUUUUUUGUCAGGCUUCGGUUAUGCAUUUAGAUAUUCCCCAGGUGGAAAACAUGUGGAAGAGCGGCCGGGUAGCCGCACCGCUCACCAGGGUAACGUCAAAUUCAUCAGCCUGGAUUCUCAUAUGGGGGCUGGUCCCUCUAGAUGCAGUGAUUUGCAGUCUCUUGGUUACUGUAUGCUGUGCUGGAUGACAGGAACGCUCCCGUGGAGUCACCUCACUCACUCAAGCUCUGCUAUUGCUGCAGAGAAGAAGAGGUAUAAAUCUGAUAUUAGUGGACUUGUUAGUUUCUGUUACAAAAAAAGCAAGGCUUCAAGUGCAUUAACUGCAUACCUGUCUAAUGUGAUGGCCCUCCAGUAUUGUGAGAAACCAGAUUACUCCCUUCUGAAAGCUGGGCUACAUGAGAGCUUACAAAAGAUGGGUGGGACUCUAAAGGAACCAUUGGAUCUGUGAAACCAUAAGGAAGUGGGACUUGGGUGAUAUUAUGCAGAAUGUUUAUAUGAAGUCUUCGAGGGACCUUUUAUGUUUUUAAAAACAGUUUUACGGUGAUAUUUCAAUGCAAACUUUACAAAUUGUGUGUUUGCCAGUAUGCUUUUGUUUUAAAUCUUUAAUGAAAUUACUGUUUAGUUAAAAGUGCGACUGUUCGUUAUUUUAAAUAAAUCUUUACUGGUACAUU